AUGUUUAGAUCAAAUAAAAAAAGAACGACACAAAACAACCGCAAUUUUGGAGUACAAGUUUUACGGUAUAAUGAAUAUCCAAAUCGCCUUAAUUUUUAUCUUGAAGCACCUAAUGAAGAAAUAACUAUAGAGGAAUUUGAAAAUUGGGCUAUUAGCCGUCUUUGUGUUCUUAGUGAAAUUGAAUCAGGGCUUUUUCGAAAUAGAACACUGAAAGAAAUAGAUAUAAUGCUUAAACCGUUAAUAGAAAAGCAUCUUCCCCUUAGUAGCAAUAUAUCUAGGUCUUUAAAGGGCUCACUAAUUGAUGAGGAACGAAAAAAAGAUCAUUAUAGUCAUUAUAUUUUAAAACUUGCAUUUUGUCGGUCAGAAGAACUACGAAAACGCUUUGUACGUGCGGAAACUGCAUUGUUUAAACUUCGAUUUUUACAAGAUGAUAGUAAGGAGAGGCUUUCAUUUAUUAAUAGUUUGAAUUUUGAUUGGGAAAUGGUUUCUGAAGAGGAAAAACGAUCCAAAUUAGAUAAGUUAGCAGAUGCUAAUUUUGAUAAAGUUUGUGAUUUGGUAGAAAAACGUAAAGUUUUUUUAGAAAAAGGAAAAGCUUAUGUCCCUGCAUCGGAACAAAUAAGUUUAAUUGCAGAAGAAUUUUCUUCAAGAUUAGAAAAAUCUUUAGAGUUAACUGCUAGGAUAUUACCUCGUCUUGAUGAAGAUGAUCGAUUAUUACCUAUAUUAAAUCAUUUAAGUUUAGGAUUUACAGUACCUGAAUAUACUAGCACAAUAGCUGGUAUUGGAAACAUCUCGGCAUUACAAAUAGAUUCACUAAUUAAACAUUUUCCUAUGUGUCAGCGUAACUUGCAUUUAAAUUUAAGAAAAGACAAACAUUUAAGGCAUUUUGGAAGACUUCAGUAUGGAUUAUUUCUAAAAGGAAUUGGUUUAGAUGUUGAAGAAGCAUUAGUAUUCUGGAGAAAAAGUUUUUCGAAUAUGUCAGAUGAGAGAUUUAAUAAGGAAUAUAGAUAUAAUGUGCGUCAUAGUUAUGGUUUGGAAGGUAAUCGCAAAAAUUAUAAACCAUAUAGUUGUCAACAAAUUCUUACUGGUCCUCAACCAGGCACAGGAGAUUCUCAUGGUUGUCCAUUUCGACAUUUUUCUAUAGAAAAUCUAAAUGCUUCUUUGGAAAAUAUGGGGAUUCAUGAUCCAAAAAUUUUAAAAGAAAUAAAUGAUGCAGUAAUUGAAAGACAUUAUCAUAUUGCAUGCACAAAGGUGUUUGAAUUUACACAUCCUUCUGUUGGUAUUUUACAAGAAAGUAUUUCUCAUCCAAAUCAAUAUUUUGAUAACAGUUACGCUUUGAUAAAAAACACUAAUAAAAAUGAAAUAAUGGAGAUUGAUAACAAGAAUACUUAA